AUGCUCCUCGAGGUGCGCGAUCCGGCAACCGGCCAGUCGCACUCUGUUGCGGUCGCAGAGUUCAAGCCGGUGGGAACGGCGUCGAAUGAGCUGUCGUGCUGGAUGGAGGGCAUUCCAGGGGCGGCUUGCAGGGUGUUCUUCCGGAGGGACAGCUCGCUCCGGCCGGUCACGCAGCUCGAAGCAUAUGUCGGGUUUCUCUUCGUCGACCAAGGCAACCCCUGGUGCAAGGUCUACGCAUGCGGCGCAGGCGUUGCGGAUCCGGAGGGACAGUCGGGACCCAUCCCUUGGUACCUCGACGCUUCGCUCAGCGAUCUCCCUCAGUCGCUCGAGAUGGCGGACAAGCGGCGAGUCGACCUCAAGAUCUACCGAUGCUGGCCGAAAGAAGGGACGGUUCUCGGCAUCGGCCAACUGGCGGUCAGCGACAUCGAGUUGAUGGACCAGGAGCGACCUGUCGUUGUCUUUUCCUGGCAGUACGCCCCGCGCGCGCAUCUCGAGGCUCUCGGCCUCGUCGACCGUCCUGCGACGAUUCCAGACUCCGUUCCGGCGCACGAGCUCACCGACGCCAUUGCCUUCCUCCGCGGCGCCAACCGCCUCCUCCUCUCGAUGAUGACCCAAGAUCAGCGCCUCCAGUUCAUCGACCGACUCGCUGCAACCCCCGAGAUCCUCUGUCGCCUGCCUCACGACGCGCAGAACGAGCUUCGCGUGCUCUCCCUUGCCAAUCAGCAGCGCUUGCAGCAACCAAACACGCCGACGCCGAGCCCGGCACUCGCACCGCAAGCUGAGGCGAGCGAGAUGGGCGAGACGGAGCAGGCGCAAGACGGUACCGCGUCGCGCUAUCCUCUUCGCUCGCGCAGGAGGACUUCGACGAUCGGAGAAGAGGACGGCAGGAGCGAGACCGUGUGCCAGGAGACGCCGGAGAAGGGGCAAAGCGAGAACGACUCUAGCACGGAGUCUGGUUCUUCGCCGUGCAGGAUCCGCAUCGUCGGUACCUUCGGUCCGCAGUCCAAGUGA